AUGGCCCCUGACCCGACUUGGCUUCUUGCGGUUUUACCUUCUGACGUCGGUGAAGGAGGGUGUCUCUGCUCUGUUCCGCCACGUACGAUGAGGGAGGACCGCAAGCCGUUCGCGCGCUACCGCAUUAUCUCCAUCCUCUCCUCCAUCCUCCUCUUCUCCGCCUUCAUCCUCCUCCUCCUCGUCGGCCUCUCCCUCACCAUCAUCAAGCCCAUCUACCUCCUCAUAUUUCGCUCAACCGUCGGCGGGCAGCCUCUCAGCAUCGCGACCGAGCUCCGCUUUGGCGUCUGGGGUGUCUGCGCAUCUAGUCAACUCAACCAGCCAACGCUCAUAACCAACCCCGGCCUCUGCUUCGGUCCGCGCCUGGGGUAUGACGUCCCCGAAUACAUAUCCGACGCGGUCGGGAUCGACCACCAGAUAGUCGAGACCGUCGAGCAAGCCCUUCUGUUUGUCCUUGUCCUGCACCCCAUCGCCGCCGGCCUCACGCUCUUCUCCUUCAUCUUUUCCCUCUUCCUCUACUCGCACGCUUUCUCCAUAUUCACACUCAUCUUGACCUUGGUCACGGCUCUGGUCUCGAGUGUCGUGCUAGGUAUCGAUCUGGCACUCGUCAUCGUCGCGAAGAACCAGGUGGAGAACCUCGAAGCGUUCUCCUUCGAGGUGGUGUUCGGAAACGGCGUGUGGAUGAUUUUGGCCGCGGUUAUAUUCGUCUGGCUUGCUGUGAUGUUGCUCUCUGCGAGGGCGUGCUAUUGCCUCGGAGUUCACCCGUAUCCUGGAGAGAAACAUUACAACGCUGAGAAACAUGGCCAUGCGAACCGCUAUUGA